UUAGAAGAUAAAUUCUGAGCUUCCCUGUAGAAGCAUCACAUUUCAACGCAUUCCUCCAGCAAGUAGACUUGUCAGUUGUUUCAUCUCUGGAAAGUGCGCGUCUUUCUCUCUCAAACACGCGCGUUUGUAAAUACAAAUUGAAUAGCGAGAGGAAAAGUAGAUAACAUCAAGAUGGAACAAGCAUCGUUUUUCGCUACUGUCCUUAUAUUAGCGGUACUACAGUGUCAAAGCGCUCCUGCAACGCAAAGAUCGUCGGUAACACCAUUGAAAGUACCAUCAUCGAAUAGUGCUAGCGCCGUCAAGUCGAAAUCAGUCUUGCCUUUAUUAAAGAAAUUGAAAGCCAAGUUAGCUAAAAAGAAAACCGAAAAAUCAUCUUGUAAUACGAGAGACGUCGUUAAACCUCCCAGUAUUGUAUUGGAAAAAAUGCUGUAUUCUGAACGGAGAUUUCUCAUACAAAUGAAAACUGGACAAGUCGACGCGGUUCCUGUUAACAGCACGACACGAAUAAGCAAUCCUUGGGUUGUAUUCGAAGUGGAAUCCGUAGGAAAUGAUCUUUUUAGAGCAAAAGGAAAAAGAUCGGCGUUAUAUCUAUCAAUGGACAAAAAAGGGAAAUUUUACGGAACAGCUAAACCCACUGAUGAAAGUGUAUUCAAGCAAAUUCAUGACAAAGAAAAAAACCAUGGAUUUAUAGCAUUUGAGAGCUACAAGUAUUGCUCAAAGUACAUUGGAAUGAAAAAGAAUGGUCACCUGAAGACGACGCAUAGACUCAAUCACAGCACACACUUUCUUCUACUGUAAUAUCAUGAUCAGGUAUUAUACAUCAUGAGAUCUAGUGUAGUGCUAUUCCUGACGCAUUCAGUCACUUGCACCCAAACAGAACAGUAAUAGUGCAGUGACUUCUUCAAGUCAAUGAGAAUCCCAGAAAACAAGUACAGUGGUUUACAGCAAAUACAGAGAUCCUCAGAAUCAUCAACAUAAUUUAAUGAUAGAAUGACUCAGUAAGUCAAGAGAUAUAGUCUAAUCAGUGUUAACCUUUAAUAUCCUGAUAUAAAGCUCACUGUAUCAUGUAUAUACCAAUAACUAUUAUUCAGAAUGUGAACAGCAACAGCAAAAUUUGCAUGGUUUUACACUUUUGUCAUUUUUUCUCAGAUUUACCAGCUAUGUUAGUAAGUGCCUAAUUUCAUUUGUAACAUGACGAUGUUGUAUCAGCUAUACAAUGACUUGCCUUGCAUUGUGAUUGGAUAAGCUUAAACAGCAUGGCUUCUACUGACAUAUGCAAUCGACAUUUGAAAUGUGUAUAACCCAAUUCAAUGCAAAUGAAGCUGCUAUAAUAUAUAUAAAAUUAAGAAAGAGAAAAUAAGAAAAAGUCAAGACAAAAUGAAAAUGAGAAAAAAUGAAAAGAAAUGAAGAAGGAAAGUAGAAAGGAGGAAAAUAAGAAAUAUAUCCAUGCAAUUGAAAUCGAGAUGUUACUCUGGUUAAUGGAAUGGAGUUCUAUAUAUAACAUCAAAAUCUAGUAUAAUAGUAUAUAAUAGUAUUUAGUAUACAAUAGAUUAUUAGAUAAAUCCUUAGUAUAUAAGUUUUAUGCUCAGAUAAGCGUUUUAUAUUCAUUGUAAAAAUUGUAACAGAGUGUUUCAUACCAAGCUUACUAUAGACUUAAAAUAAAAGUAAAGACUGUUUUAUA